UUGGAAGGCCUACAUCUAGAUGACCCCCCCCCCAUUUUAGCACAUUCAGUUGGAUUUUUUUCUGCAUCUGCUACGUUUGCUGUUUUCUUUCAACUUGGAUCGAUUUUGGAAGCAAAUUUGGACCUUCUCAGCUCGCGGAGACCGACACCACCCAUUCCCUACUACACCCAUCUGUGAAUCGAGUUGCCUUUGAGUGAUUGUCAUUCCUCCCAGGAUUUCUUGACUUUCGGCCCUCUUCCAUAUACUAACUAUGGAUAGAACGGAUCUUAUCCAGAAGGCCAAGCUGGCGGAGCAGGCUGAGCGCUACGAAGACAUGGCCGAAAGUAUGAAGGAAGUUACAGAGAUGGGAGGCGAGCUGUCAAACGAGGAGAGGAACCUGCUCUCUGUCGCCUACAAAAACGUGGUUGGGGCGAGGCGGUCCGCAUGGAGGGUGAUGUCCAGCAUCGGGAUGAAGACUGAGGGCUGCGAGAAGAAGCAGCAGAUGGUCAAGGAAUAUCGCGAGAAGGUGGAAAAGGAGCUGGAAGAGAUUUGCAACUGUGUUUUGAAACUGUUGGAGAAUCAUUUAAUUAAGGACUCCAAAACCGCAGAAAGCAAAGUCUUCUAUCUAAAGAUGAAAGGGGAUUAUUAUAGAUACCUCGCUGAAGUUGCCUCUGGAGAUGACAAGACAAAGACCAUUGAAAGCUCACAGGAAGCAUACCAGUCAGCGUUCGACAUCAGCACGACUGAGAUGGACCCCACACAUCCCAUCCGUUUGGGUUUGGCUCUCAACUUCUCCGUCUUCUUCUAUGAGAUCCUCAACUCCCCAGAAAAAGCCUGCGAGUUGGCUAAAAAGGCAUUUGACGACGCAAUCGCAGAGCUCGACCAGCUACAUGAGGAGUCCUACAAAGACAGCACUCUCAUCAUGCAGCUCCUCAGAGACAAUCUGACAUUAUGGACAUCAGACAACGCUCCUGAGGAGGGCGAGGGUGGAGACGGAGAGGCCGGAGAGACCGAGAACUAGAGCGCUCGUGUUCUUACUGUUGGAACAAUCUCCCGAAACAAGGAACAAAGAAGAAAAGCUUUUCUCAUUUUCUUUAUUUCUUAUUAACAAUUCACUGAAACAUUCCACCAGUUCAUUCCAUUGACAAAAAUUAUGAUAAGGAACCAAAGUAUUGGAUUUGGACGCAAAAGAGGAACCUUCUAAUCCUUCAGUUUUCCUUUCAGCAUUCCCAUUUGUGUAGUUUCAUCUGUAGGAAAAAAGAGGAAUUCCCUGUUCUAUUUAGAGACAUAGAAGUUGGACGCCUAAAUCUCAUUAAAUAUAUAAACUAGUCGCAUCUUUUUUGCAGUAUGUCUACAUAACUGUGUGGUACUGUUACAUUUGAUAAGGGUUGAAGUUCAAACAAAUGCAAUUAACACUGCAGGGAAACCCCAGAGCUGUAGUGCUAACUGGUUGAAUAUUAAUCUCCUGAAGUUACGACUCUUCAAACUGGUUUGGUGGGAAAUUUAGGGUCUUAUCUGAUAAAACACCAGGACCUUUUUGUUGGAGAGAAGCCGUAAUUGUCCUGCACUUCUCUUCAGAUGUUACACUGGAAUGGGAAUAAUGCAGUUUUGUAUACACUCAACAAGAGUAUGAUUUCCUUGUCUGUCCAGGGAUCGUCACUAGAUAUUUGGGCCACUAUUGUUUUGUAAUCGAUUCAGUUGUAGUCCCCAUAAACCUUGUGGAACUUUUGAAUCAACUUUUGAUUGGUGCAUCCCCUAUGUCAACAUGAAUAAAACAUUUUAUAAACCAAA